AAUCACAAGUUCAGCAGUUGUUUCCGAAAAGUUUGACCCAGUGCUUUGAGGAUGACAGGCACCAUGAAGCACCGACAAGACAGUGCAGUAUUAUUGGUACUCGCUGCAAAUGGCUUGGCACUUACAACCAUUCUCAGUGUGUGGAAGUUAAAAAAGUUUAAAUAUAGACUUAUAAAUGAAACUGGAGGUGCAGUGUUUUAUGGUAUGCUGGUGGGGUUAAUGGUGAGAUGCUUCUCAUUUGAUUGGGGAGAUCAUAUGGAUAACAUGGAGGCUGUGUGCAGUUGUGGUGGUCAUAACAGCACCGCUCACCUCUUGAUGGUCAACGUCACUUCACACUUUCACUGUUUUAGACAUGUUGGGAAAGGCAACCAGCGAUGCCGACCAGCCUCACCACCUCAUAUGGAGACUCUUGAUCCCGAGGUCCUUUUCAAUCUGUUCCUGCCACCCAUCAUCUUCCAUGGAGCUUACACCCUUAAUCAGAAACGAUUCAUUAAGAAUCUUGGAUCCGUUCUGACCUUUGCUUUUUUGGGUACCAUAAUCAGCUGUAUGACCAUAGGGGCCUGCGUCUACAGCUUCACCAGACUGAUGGUGCUGUUGGGACGAGCAGCAGAUGGAGACUUCUACCUUACUGAUUGCCUUCUGUUUGGUGCCAUUAUAUCAGCCACUGAUCCAGUUUCAGUACUUGGCCUGUUGUCAGACCUGCGUGUAGACCUGGAUCUGCACGCCCUGCUCUUUGGCGAGAGUGUCCUGAACGACGCUGUGGCCGUCGUCAUGACACAUGCCAUCACCACCUAUAGCCAGAUGGGUGCCAGACACACCUUCGACGCCCCCACCUUCCUCCUCUCUGUUGGUUAUUUUCUUGGAGUGCUUUGCGGUUCCUUCCUCGUGGGUUUCAUAUUCACAGUCAUCACAGCCCUCCUCACCAAAUUCACUCGGCUGUGUGAGAAUCCACUGCUGGAAACAUCAGUCUUCUUCCUGCUGUCCUGGAGCAGCUUCCUCUCAGCUGAAGCCAGUGGACUUUCAGGUAUUGUGGCGGUGCUGUUUUGUGGCUUGAGCCAGGCAAGGUACACACAUCACAACUUAUCCUCCGAGGGCAGGACCAGGACUAAGCAGCUCUUUGAAGUCUUCAACUUCCUGGGGGAGAUUUUCAUCUCCAGCUACAUGGGAUAUGUAUUGUUGACGUUUCCUCACCAUGUCUUCAAAGCCCUCUUCAUUUCUGGGGCAUUUCUCUCCAUCUUUAUAUCAAGGGCCUGCAACAUCUACCCAUUGUCAUUCCUCCUAAACCUGGGACGCACGGUCAAAAUACAUCGAACGCUCCAGCACUUCAUGAUGUUUGCAGGUUUAAGGGGGGCUGUGGCAUUUAGCCUGGCUUUAAGAGACACAUCCACAGAAGUGAGGCGCACCAUCUUCACCACCACUCUGCUGCUGGUCGUCUUCACCAUCUGUGUGCUGGGCACGGCUGUCGACCCCAUGCUGCGCUGUCUGGACAUCAGAGUGGGGGUGGUUGCAGAUGAAAAUCCUGAGGACCCUUCUUUAGAGGUUGCUACAGGGAGGCCAGACACAACACAGGGCCUGUGGCACUGUCUGGACAACAAAUAUCUAAAGCCGCUGCUGACACAUUGUGACCUUCCGCUGACCAACUCACUGCCAAAGUGGUGUGGGUUCUUUGCCAGACUCUUCGGCAGCCCCCAUGCCCAGGACGAUGAGGAGCAGCUGUGUGAGACGGAACCAUAUGACUCCACCUUCAAUUUGGACAAAAGCGAGAACAAGCUUGUAUCUAUAGGAGGCGACUCUGGAUCCGAGCACUUGGAAGACCUGCUGGAGGGAGACCUGGGCCUUGGCACAGCUCCAGCUCCCUCGAGGGAGGCCUGAAGUUCCAGGAGUCACUUCUAACCCCAGCUUAUCAGCCCCUGCUGCCCCGAGGCGAAGGCCCUUUCUCCCACAGUGAAUGGGGUCACCAGCCAGGGCAUCUGAGAGGAGUCAACCGGGAGUCAGAGUUACAAUGGCUCCCGAAAGGUCACUCGCCCCCAUUGUGCUGACAUGCAUGCAGAGACACACUUGCAGAGGGAGAAAAAACAAUUACGAAGGCCAUUGCUCUUUCUGUUACUCUGCUGAUUUUUUUCUUGGCUUACUCCAGUUUCAAGGAAUUUAAUAGCUGAAGGAGAAUGAUUAAUCCUGUACAGUUUAAGUGCCUAAUGUCCAACACAACCAACGAAGUGACAAUGAAGUCAACGUUGACCAGCUGACAUGUGCGCACCGUGCUCUUUUCACCCAGCAAGCAAAUUUAUAAUGCGACAGUUCUCGUGAAAAUGCAACAUGUUAAGUCACACAUUAAUUGCCAUCAGAGCAGCUUCAUGCUAAUUUGUUACAUAACCUCUUGGCUUCAAGCUUUAGGGAGAAUUGCUCAUGAACGUGAUUGUGACUGAAAGCUAUGGUAUUUCCUUUAAUCAACUGAAAUGGUAUUUUCAUGCCAACUUUGCUUUUGCUCUUCCCCAACUCCUUAUUAAACUUUUACUGCACUGUUUUCUGCUGCAAUCCUUUUAACUCAUUCAAAUUGUAUUCCCCUGAAUUUAUUAAUCCCUCAUCUCCCGCCACGUCUUGCUUAUCACUCUGCGGCUGGCUAAAAUAACUCUAAAUGCUUAAGCAUUUGGAAAAGUACGUGAGACUUCUUUAUGGAUUUCCUUUUGCCGCUUUCUGAGUGCAUCAUUAUAAAUCUCAGGGCCCCUUUCCCCUUUAUGUGAAGCAGGGUGUUGUGUACUGCACAAAUCCAAUCUGUGAAGGUUAGGCUUUGUGAAUAUGCUGACUGUUUCUGUAUUAAUAAAGCCAUUGUCCUUAAA